AUGUCGCUGAAGAUUUGGAGGUAUGGGAAGGAAUUCUCUCUUUUGAAUGAACAAAAUGUUGUUAUCAUUCCUGAAGCUAUUUUCUCGCUGUGUGCUGGUUUUUCAUCAUCAGCAAUUAAUUCAUCAGAUGUAUUGCAACUGUUUGGUGAUUGUAAAAUUUAUUCCAAGAUGUCUCUUGAGGACGAUAAUUGGGUUCUUAAAGAUGAACUACCCUACUCUGUGGAAGCUUUAUCAGAAAUCACUCUGGAUACUCGUACCAAGGUGCUUCACUUAUUGUUCUCAGUUGCUCUGCUAUUAGCACUUGUGAAUGUUAAAAAACACUUUGCUUGGUAG